CGAAGCAAGCAGCUGUAGUGUCGCAGCACCUUUCUUUUCAUUUGUAGUGCUUACGUCGUGUUAUUUACUGGUGUGGUCACUUGCCCGUUACGUGUCUUACUUUCGCAUAUAUGUGUUCCUCUCCAAAAUCAGACCGGACACUGCGCCUCAACUUGCCGUCGAGAUGCGAUAUCUGCCGACUGAUGCAAGGAUAGCAUUCCUCGUGAUCUCAACCAUAAUGACGCUUACAAUGUUGGCUUAUGUCAAGAUCCAAAUAUAUCUAAACGGCGAAGAUAUUAUGAAGCCCAAGCACCGAACUCAGCCACCUGAGUUUGGCAGCAGAACUUUCGGGGAACACCGAUACGUGAACCUAAGUAAUAUCACCGUUCAUUACAUGACCAAGGGAUGCGAUGACGACGAUGGCAAUCGCAUCAUGUUGCUGUUGUUGCAUGGAUUCCCAGAUUUUUGGUUCAUCUGGAACAGGCAGAUACCACAGCUGAGCACUCACUUCUGCGUCGUCGUGCCAGACUUACGGGGUUGCGGUAACACCACACGGCCCACACAUCCUUCGGAGUACUUCAUAACGAAUCUUAUCCAAGACGCACGAGAAUUCAUUGCAACUCUAAAUCCCAACAACUCGAGGCAGUUGGUUUUCGUCGGGCAUGGCUGGGGAGGCAUGAUCGGCUUCUGCUUCGUUACCCUGCACGGGAACUUAGUACACCGCAUGAUCGUCAUCAAUGGCUACCACCCGUUAGCCUUUGUUAAGCAGCUACAGCGAAGCCUCGUUCAGAUGAUGAUGUCUUGGUACACCGUCGCGUUCCGAGUUCCUUCUGUGCCCGAGCAGUACAUGACCAUCAAGGACUUCGCGUUUUUCGACUACAUACUCUGGGAUUCUUCAACAGCGGAAGAAGUGAAUGCAACCAAAUACGUGUAUUCUAAGCCUGGAGCGUUGACGGGUGUACUGAACUACUACCGCGCCUUCAACUACGACAGCGAGCAGCUGAUGAAGCUGGAAUACCGCAAGAUCGACGUGCCGACCCUCAUCCUGUGGAGCGAGAAAGACCGCUACAUGACGACGCCCAUAGCCGAGUUCAACCGAGAGCACCUGAGGACGUCCUCGGUUGUGUACUAUUCGGACGGUGGCCACUGGCUAAUGCGGCAAUGUGCUGACAACGUGAACAGGCGUAUAAUCGAAUUUGCAUCUACAGGAAAGAUCGCCUUUAGCAACAACGUGGCCCCCUCGCAAGUGUCAUUGCCAGAAAACAAGUGCGCAGAAUCGCCAAAGCCGUCCAAAAAGAGCUGAGUAUUUUAGGCGACUUCCCAUUGUGUCGUUUCUAAACUCAUCACGGCCGCUCAAUUAAUGAGGAGCAGUGUCGUUAUAUUAACUAGAACACUUGUUACACUUCCACUUCAUCCCAUAGGAGGCGCAUGAAUUCAUAAUCAGCUACUUUUUGAAGACAAGGUCUUCUUUGUUGACUGCAUACGGGUUUGGCCUAUCUGCGUUCUCAGUAUAUGUCUAUGUAACCUCUAAACACAACGGUAAUUUUGCUUCUUUAGAACGUCGUAGCGAGUCGUAAAAAGUGUGAAUAUGUAAAUCUCAACUAGACAAGAAGCAAGAAAUAGUCGAUAAGUUGGUGAGAUAACCGGUGAGGGUGUAAUUACCGCUCAUGUAGUUGAAAAUUACCCAAAUGGCGCAAAACAUUGCAUAUCUUUGGGAUCGGCCCACCCGGCGUCAUGGUAAAAAAAAAAAAAGAAAGGCGUGUCAACCGAAAUUGCCAUGAAUGAAAACAAAUUCGAUGUGCAUGCGCGUAAAAAAGUGAAUAAGAAACGUAAAUGACAUGAAAUAGACAGGUUGGAGUAAAAUAUAAGGUCUGAUAGUGGAAUGAAAACAAUAAUCCAAAUAAUGUAACAAUACUAUGAAGUUAUGCCACAUUGCAUCAUCUUUAGUGCCUUCAAUGUCAGUUCAUAGAAAUGCAUAUGGCAUGUACAUCGGCCUUGUCUGCGUUCGUGUCGAUUUUGGCUGUCACGCCUUUUUAUCUGCAGCAGAUCUGUCAGUGCAGUUACACCACUAAGCUUUUUUGCCCAUAUCAGGGAAGCGAUGAAAACUUUGAUACGAAGAGACUACGAAGAAUACGAAGAAUAUAAAUUUUAGUCGACUUUACAUUAAUUACAGGCGUGUUCCAGGCCACCUAUUCUCAAUGCAUUAUGCAAACUUUCAAGAAAACCGCGGUGGGCUCAAAAAUAUGUGCACCGAUUCCUUUCAAAGUUUUCCACUUUAUGGCCAAUCGAAAGAGUGAGUUAACGACACACCCAAGGAGGUAAUGAGCCUGCCUAUUCCUUCACUGGGAGGUCGCGUUCUGUAUCUCAAAGCAGAUCAAAGCAAUAUCACGAAAAAAUGGCGGAUAUUGAAUCACGUGGAACAGUCUUGCUUUCUACCCUGCAAUAAGUAGUUUUGAUAUCACCCGUUUUGGAGCGAUAUAUCUUCUUUUAGAGCCGGCUGCAAAUUGCAUGUCUAUUACGUAAAUGCUAGCCAUGGCCGUCUCGAGUACUGCGUACACUUGUUGUGUCAAGCGGACAGAAGGUCCGGGCGCACGUGCAUAUUGUCUUUAUUGCGAAAAAAUUGAGCUGUUGACGUCAUUCCACUAUCACCUCUCAGCGAAUCAUGAGGUAGGUGAUUGCUAAAUGUAUAGAGUAAGUGUUACAAACACAGCGUUCAAUAUAAUACCCUCUCUAGUUCAUUCUAGCGUAUAUAGAAACGUUGCCUUGCUGGAAUGCUUGUGUCGAAAGGGGGAAAGAAAGCCUAUUGCAUUUGGGCGAGGGGUGUCACCUGCCUGUUCGGUCAAGAACUCCUGGUAAGGUAGCUUGCUGCCCUCGGCUAGGCCUAAUAAAUAAAUUUUUCUCUCGUCUAACGGUUAUACUACGGGCCAUGAUUCAUGCGUGGAGACGUGAAAAUCGAGUAGUAUCGCGACAGAGGCCUGCAGACUUGUCUCAAACGAGUAGAUCAUUACUUAUUUCGAAAUAAAAAUCAGAACUGCACAUUUUAUAGCUGUGAGCGUGCCGGCCAGUACGUCUUCAAACAAUUUUCGUGAAUAAGUGCGAUGGCCUAAAUAGCAGUACAAAUUUAGUUGGGUCUAUGUUUUGACGAGAAUUGUUAAGACAUGACAAUUAUCACGGCAGAUGCAGUAUGAUGCGUUGGUUGCCGUUAUUUUUAGAGUAGCUUGCUGGGUAGUUAGUACAUGAUUGUGCUAGAAGAAUUCCAAGUGACUUGCAGCCACUUUCCUGUCGCCUUGUCUAUGUCAGCCUCUCGAUUUUCUUUCCCGUUUCACGUUUGCUGGCAUUCUCUUAGCAUUGCCGUUAUUCAUUCGGUGCGCAGACAAAAUAGGAUAUGUAAAGGGUGUUUCAAGGAAGGAAUUUAGGUAAUUUUAAAUAAUGGGUUUUCGGAGGUAAAAUUGUUCUUGCGUGAAGUGAUCACGGGCCGUGGCGGGUGCUAUCAAGCGGAUUGCAAGUGCUAUUUAGGGGAAUAAUUAACUAGAGUUUGUUAGUUAACUUCUAAUUGUUUCAAUUUUAAUUAAUUGUUUAUUUAAUUUUUUUAUUAUUAUGCUUGAUUGUAAUGAGAAAAUUUUACUGGAUCGUGAGUCCAUGCGGUAUUGAAAUCGUAAUCGCCCGUAGAGCUAAAGCGCUCAGAACCUGGGCUCUCCAGGCGCGCGCAACGGGCUCCGUGCGGCAGCCGAGCGCCGCAAAGCCACGCCCACGCGCUGACGUCACUCGGAACGGUGCGCGUCACGCACAUCGCGCUCUUCCUGCCACUGCCCGAACAACGGAAAGCGGUGCGUUGUGGCCGCCGUUUGCGUGCGGCGGCCACGACGCACGCGCAAAUAGAAAGAAAAUACAGAAACUGAUCACUUUGUAACCUAACAACCCCGAUAUCCAACGGUUUUGGAGCGCACCAGCAUCGGCCGUUUUAUUCUUUCCGCCACUCAACGGGGCUGCAGCGGCCUAUGGCCGUUUUUCGACGACUGAGAGUCGACGUGGUUAUUGCUUACGUGAACGCGAGUGUAAACCCAAACUUUAGCCGCACGUUUGUAUGCUGCACGACAGCCCGGUCGUCGCGCACCGUGACGUCCUACGUUUGUUCGACCGCUUUGGCACCACCGGAGUGGUGCAUCGUCAAAGAAGAAGACGUUAACACAUCCGGAGCGAAGAUUUUGAGACCGGCGUCUUAGCCUACGUCAACUGGAAGCCACAGGUGAGCGUAAGACAAAACGCUGAUGCUUGGCAUUGUGGCUUCAGUUUGGAGAGUGUUGUCGAAACAUCAGUUUUACCCGUAUCACCUAUCUCUACAUCAGGGGCUCACGGACAGAAGAGGUUACGCUUCUGCAACUGGUGCCUCAUCCAGUGUGACCAAGAUGAAAAUUUUCUGAAUAAUGUGCUUUCGACCGACGAGGCGCAGUUCAACAGAGAUGCAGGAGUCAAGCUGCACAACGCGCACUUCUGGUCAGUAGGAAACCCGCGCUGGCUGCGACAGCACAGGCACUGAUGGCAAUGGUCUGUAAAACUGUGGUGUGGAAUUUUUCGCGGCCGUAUCUUUGCGCCAUACUUUUUUGAAGGAAACAUGACAGGCAAGCGCUACACAGACUGCAUUUUAAAGGACGCGGUUGUGGACUUCGCAUCGAAACUUCCAUUCAGCUCAACACUAUGGAGCGCCUCCCCAUUCUUCUUCUUGUGCUGCGCGUUUCCUCAAUGUGAACUUUCAUUCGCAGUCGAUAGGGCGCGGCGGGCCCAUUCCAUGGCCUCCGAGGUCGGAAAACUUGACACCAUUGGACUUUUUGCUUUUUGGGGCAUGUAGAAAGUGAAAUGUACCAAGCAGCUCCAACAAGCCUCCAGGAUCUCAUUGAUAGAAUCGCCACAGCGCUAGCCAACGUCCCAGAGGACAUGAUUCUUCGUUCUGUAGGUUCAGUGAACGAUCGCGCGCAGUUAUGUAUUGGUAUGCAAGGCCAGCAUUUUGAGCAUUUGCCGUGAGCUAGUCAGCGUUCCUCCAGAAACAAAGGAGUUUCAUGACUGCGACCAUAUUAUAUGUUUGGCAGCGUUUUGCGAAAUCGGUACCUAAAUUCCGGAGUGCGAAAGCAAGGACAUCUUUUCAAUAGCAACCGCGGUGGUAUAUCGCAAAGCAAACCGCUUCGCAUCGGGUAAUGCAUUCGCAAGGUCGCAGGUCAAGGCCGCACACGGCGCUCGUGAUGGCAAGUCACGUUUGGGCUUGCGAGGAGGUUCUAGCGGGUGAUGAACACGACGGCGCUUUCCGUUGUUCGGGCAGUAGACAAAAAAGAGCGGGAUGCGUGUGACGCGAACCACUCCGAGUGACAUCAGCGCGUGGGCGGCGCUUGCGGCGCUCAGCUGCCGCACGUGGCCCGAUGCGUGCGUCUGGAGAGCUGAGGUUCUGACCGCUGUAGCUCUACAAUCACAAUUUCAAAAAUCUAACAAUCGAUACCGGACGGACUCACGAUGCACUAAAAUUUCUUCAUUACGAUCAAACACCUAACUAGAAUAAUUAAAAAGUUCAUUAACAGAUUAUAGUUCAUUAUACCCCUAAAUAGCACUUGCAACUCGUUUGAUAGCACCCGGCACGGGACCUGAUCACCGCGCGCAAUAACAUCAAUUUUAGCUCCGAAAGCCUAUUAUUUAAAAGUACUUAAAGUUUUACUUGAAACACCCUGUAUAUUGCAAUGCCUAGCGUAUCCUUUAAAUGCAGCGGUCAGCUUCCUUUCAUAAAAAGGCCUAAAUAGCCCAAUAUAGGAGCACAAAUGCUAUAUAAGCUUCCUCUUUGGAAUCUUGAUCUCUGUUUGACCUGCAUGAUCUCCACUAACAUCGGAAAGUAGCUUUAAGGUUACUUACGCGUAGCGUUUUUGCUACUGCCUUCUCCAAUUAUUUUUUUUCUCAUCAGUGAACCUGCUGGUCCACGGGCCUUUCUACUAUUCCACAAUUGCACACGAAUACGAUGUCGAGUGUGUUUUCUCGAAUUCGUCUUUCUGGGGUGUACGUGCCAAGUACUAUAAUCUUGCUAACACCGACAAAUAAACCUCCUAAUGUAAGCAGUGCACGAGCAACAAGGCACAGAAUAAAGCAACAACAUAGGACAAGGCUUACAGCUCGCCAUUCCACCAUAUUUUGUGGGCCUUGUCGGUAAUUCUUAUAUCUGUGUAUUUAACCAUUCGACCAUUAAGCCCGGAAGCUAAAACUUCAGGCUAGGUGCGUCCAACAUAUUCUAUUUCUGAUCGGAAGACGGAAGACAGGCCGCUGCAUGACUUACAACAAUGUUUGAGACCGGGCUUUCUUGUCUUUGUCCCAGUGUGUACUGCAGUUCUUAGUAACGCUGCACUACCACUGUCUGGACACCUGUCAGCACCACUGAAAUCCCGGUCUUCGAAGCGCGCAUCAGCAGAGGACACUAAGGCAGAAUGUCUGUUUGUGCAGCAGUGAGGUCAGGGCUUACCGUAAGGGCACUAAAGUAUUGCAAAAUGGACGCUGCAUAGAUAAAGAGCGACUGGUACUUGAGUUAUUUGGUAGGUGAAAUCAGUGGUGAAGAGACGUGGAUGGCUACGUCUGGCAAUGGCUCGCUUGUCACCGUCGAGAGCACCGAUGUCGAGUCAUGGCAGCUUGAUCCCUUCGAGUGAAAGAGCGUCCUGGAGACAUUCCGGGAGGAGGACAAAGGCCUUCGGGAAGCGCUGCAUUAGAUUAAACGGCCAUCAUAGGUUAUUUGAGUGUUUCGAUGUGCCUGCUUAUGUCCCUAGUAUCCCAGGCUGCGUAAUGUAUUUCAAGAAUAAGUCAUGUAACAAACGGCCCAGGGGAUCACCAUACUAAUCAUGGAGUGUUUAACGGAGGCAGCCAGGUCGCGUCCUAACACCGAAAGACUCGUGUGUCGCGUGUAGGUCGGAGAGGAUGAAUAAAUAUAGCGUGCAUGAUAGAACCAACACGGCUGGCGUCGUACGCGACAUCGAAGAAUUCCGCCCACAACAGGGCAAAGAACGCCAUCUGCCAGAGUGCCCACGACAAGCUCUUAUUCGCAGAACGAGGCACGCUUAUGUAGCACGCUUAACACGUAUAGCACGCUUAGCAGCGUGCUAUACAGCAGGAUUAGCGCUUCUUCUUUGCUGGAUGGCGCCGCCCUAUUACUCAAUUAAAUAUGAGAUAGCGGGGACCCAUCUUGAUGUAUACUGCGGAAAUCAGCAAAGUUAAAAUGCAUAAAACUGAGGAGUGGUGAUGCCACUGUGGGUGCUAAGCUAAUCGCCAGGGAAAUGCCUCAGCAGCUGAUUCGCAGACCUACAGCAUGGCAUGCUAUCAUCUGCAACGUGUUGCCAUUUAAGGGUAGUGUUUCAAGACUCCGUAUCAACCAUCUUCUGGUCUACUAUCAAUUUUAUCCCAUAAUAAAAUGGCGCAGCCAAGUGCGAUGGUUACGCAGGUGAUGGUGCAUUGUCUGGCCAUAAACACCCGCUACCCGGUCAUGAGUAGACAGCGGUUGUUUCUGAAUUGGCAACGAAAGGCUGCUGAGCCGUCACUGGUUUAGCUAUGGCCUUGGGAUCGUUUCAUGCGGUGGAGGAUGUGCGCACCCUUUUUCACCAUCCCGUUUGUGUCCAUACAAAUAUAAAUGACAGCGAUAAUAAUCUGCGAGCUGAAGCCUCUGAUUUUUGAAAACAUAUACAUCAAUGGCUCAUUGCAGCUCUUUCGUAGGCUUCAGUAAAAAUUGACACUGACUAUUUGUGCGCCACAAUAGUAUCCUUAAAGGGGUUGGGACACCAAAUUUUGAGGCUAUAAAAAGCAUGUUGUAGGCUGCUUCCGUAUGCAAGGACACCCAGAACGAAGUAUUGGACGCUGCAAACGUUUUAAAAUAAUUUUAAUUCAGCUCCAAACAGUCAUUAAAAACUCCUUCUCGUAGUAGAGACCCAUCGCUAGCGCGGCAGUUACUACGUCACAGAGGAGGAACGAAAAUAUUGACGUCAUAGCACACUAGCACAAAAACGUGACGUAUGAUGAGUAGCGAUGAAA